ACCUCCAGGAAUUGGUCAUCAGGAGAGCAACUAUUGGAGAUGGAUGGCCAACUAUGUUUGGUUCGCAACAGAAUGCCUCAUGGUAGUAACACUUUGGAGAUCUGGAAACUGCUGGACUAUAGCUCUGGUGACUGGUUGCUGAAUCAUCGAAUUAGUUUGUCAGGGCGCUUGGCAAGAGAUUUGCGUCAGUCACAAAUUCUGAGAGUUAUUGGAUCUUUUGGCAGUUAUAGGUCGUCAAGGAAGAAGAUAAUCAUUACUACUAGCAUGCACAAGAUUUUCAACAAAUAUCAGAAAAUGGUUCACACGUAUGAUCCUAGGUCUGAGGCUCUGGAAACCAUUCUUUCAAUCACGGAGACACACUCAACUCAACAAUAUGGGUGCCCUAGUUCAAGAUUCAGUUUCAUUCAAGAGACCCUUGCUCCCGUGCAUACAACAGAUGAAGAGAUAGCCUUGUCAUCUGACCUGGCUAAGGCGACUAGAGAGAUCCUACUCCGCCUCCCAGCUAAAUCAGCCAUACGGUCCAAAUUUGUCUGCAAGCAGUGGUUCAGA